AUGCCGUUUCAGCUGAGAAACAGCUGUAUCAAUGCAAGCGAAAAAACACCUCGGGGUCAUAACCAGUCAGAGACAGUGUGCGUCCGAGCAUUUACAUCCACCAAUGAUGAGGUAAUGUGUGUGGGCGUGUCUUAUCUGGCAUACGUGGAGGACGACGCCCAGGACCUGGCUGAAUACCUGGUAACCCAUAGUGACUGCCUCAGCACCACUGAACACAGAGAUCUGAUUGGUCGGUAUGGUUUGAAUGAUAGCUGUGCCAGUGUACAGAUGGAUGAAAGAGUCACGCUCGCCCUAGCCAACCUGCACACCCCUCACAACCUGCUCGGCCAAUCGGCACAAGAGUCUCUCCUACAUGUGUGUGUGAGGCUGGGUUUCUUGAACGUCUCCGAGUUUCUUCUCUGUCAGCCUGGUGCCCUGAUGUCUAUCAACUCGCCAAAUCAGGAUGGGGACACGCCACUACAGCUGGCCCAACAGACCAAUCAGCACACUCUGAUUAAACUCCUUCAGCACCCUCCCAAUCCAUUAGCCACACCCCUGGCAGGUGUGUCUCAAGUGUGGGUGAGCAGAUCCCACCUCCUCAGGUUUAGCCACGCCUCUGGGAUGCUGUGUCUGUCUGUGUGUGUGUCUAAGUGCACGCCCACCAAACAAACCAUACAGUCAUCCAUAUUACUGCUACGAGAGUGUGUCCGAGACUCUGUACUUCUAAACAAGGUGUGGUUUAACUGCUCUUUUCAGGAUGAGGAUGAAGAACUCUUAUCUGACGACUCUGAUGAACCCACAACUCGUACUGACUCAACAAGCAAUUCCCUCACUGGUUCCACUGUAACAAUAACAACCAGCAUCAACACCCUGCAGACUGAAGAUGAUAAUCAGGUUCAUCCUCAAGACUCAUUUGACUCCGAGUCAGAAUCAGAGUCCUCGGCGUCUGAACAAGACUCACCAAUCGCAGACAGAUCACCAAUAUGCAGUCCAAAACAUGUUCAGUACCCCGCAAAUGAUGAGGAAAUCACAGAGCUGGGAGAAAAGGGAAGUACAUGCUGCAGUAAGAAAGAGGAAGAAGAAAGAGAUAAAUUCAUCCCUUCAUCCAGGAAGGAGACAGAGAAAUAUAAAAUGAGUCGAACACUUAGCUUCCUGAGGAGCCGCAUGGUCAACACCAAAAUAAAAAACAAGGUGAAUGCAAAGGUGGGUUCAGCCCUGCAUCAGCUCUGCUCACCACAGCAGCCUUUUAAUGCAGCUUGUGAACUCUGUGAUCAAAAUGACAGUGACGAACUCCUGCAGUGCACAAACUGCACCAUAAUUAUUCAUAAGGCUUGCUGUGAUUCUGCCCCUCUGUGUUUAAAGAAUUCCUAUUCGGCACCACUAAGAACCACUGACUCUUCAAUCCUGUUAUGCUCAUCAAGUCACAGCUCUCCAUCUCUGUCUCUGACCAACGACAACACCGUGACACACAGAAAGCGGAGUAACAGUGAGGGGUGUGGCCAUGAUUUUACUCUAUGGAAAAGCUGGUCUUUGAUUGGCCAUUCCUCUGGAACAAGCCCCAACACCAAUUCGACUGAUUCCUCUUUCACUCGUAUAUCUUUUGACUACACUGCUGAAUCCUGGAGUGCUGCUGUGGACUCUGAAUUCAGUAGAACACUGGAUAAAGAGGUGGUCAAGAGGCAGGAAAUCAUCUAUGAGCUGAUGCAGACAGAAUUUCACCAUGUCCAAACUCUCUCUGUUAUGGCUGAUGUUUUGAGGCGGGGACUGUUGGAGGAAGUGCAGCUGGAACAGGAUGUGAUUGAUCAGAUUUUCCCCAGACUGGAUGAGCUCAUGACUCUUCACAGAAACUUUCUCAUUGCCAUGGAAACCAGACAGUGGGCUUCUAGACUCCCAGGAAAGCACAGAAACUUCAUCAUUAGACGAAUUGGAGAUAUUCUGUUACAGCAGUUCUCAGGUCCACAUGCCUCUCAGAUGAUCGAGUUGUAUGGUGAUUUCUGCGGUCGACAUCCAGAGGCACUGAAGACUUAUAAACAACUGCUGCAGAGUAACAGGAAACUACAGUUAUUCCUCAGACAUCAGAGUACCAAUUCAGUCAUCAAACGUCGAGAAAUCCCAGAAUUCCUUUUGCUUAUCACACAGAGGAUCACAAAGUACCCUGUUCUGUUAGAAAGACUCCUUCAACACACAGAAGAUGACAGUGCUGAGCGGUAUGACAUUGCGGUGACACUGGAGGGCUUGCGUGCGGUUUUAGAGGCGGUUGAGCGGCGUGUAGGUGAAUACGAGCAUGCUAAUAAACUACAGGACAUCAUUAGUCGUCUAGACAACAAGAGCUAUACUCGCCUGAAAAAUGGAGAGAUUUUCAGCAAACAAGAAUUACUGAAAGAACAACGAACUCUCAUACACGCAUCAGCGCUUGCGUGUAGGACCACCUCAGGCAGACUGAGAGAAGUUCUUGCCUUGCUCCUCACAGAUGUUCUGGCUUUUCUUCAGGAGAAAGAACAGAAGUUAAUCUUUGCCGCAUUGGAGCAGAAGCCGUCUGUGAUGCCCUUACGGAGACUCAUUGUGAGAGAGAUAGCCAAUCAGGAGAGAGGAUUAUUUCUGAUCAGUAGUGAGUGCUCUGGAGGACCGGAGAUGUAUGAGAUACACACUUGCACUCGUGAGGAACGUAAUACGUGGAUGACACUGUUGAGGCAAGCUUCUGAAAGCCUUCCUGAUGAUCACAUCAAGAAGAACGAGGGUGAGAUCAAAGUCAAGAAAAUACAGAAAUUGCAAGAGGCGCUGUUCUCUUUGGACAUGCAGGUGUGCUCUGUUAUUGAGGAAAAGUUGAGGAUAUGUAGAGGAGCCGGUAGAGGGAGUCUGGCUUCCUGUCGCCUGCUAGUUCAACCCCACCCAGACAACACCCCUCAAGGCAUAACAUUGCUGUGUGAUGCACAGGAAGAGGUGGUGCAGCUGGCUAUCACUAUAUUGUCUUGGCUUUUUCCUUUCAUGUGGUCACCACGUAACCAAGACAACAUUGGCCAUGACAGAGUGACCAGUAAUGAACAAAAUGUACCGGCUAGGAGCAGGAGAUGUGCUCUGGUAGGAACAGGGAUGGGGCCUCUCACAAUAGCCCCAAUAAGCCCCUCCCAGCAGAUUUAUUUAAAGGUAGCAGAGAGUGUUCACAACUUAAUCCAUAUACUGUACAGUCUGCAGGCUGCUAUAGUGAUACAGGACAGUUGCUUUGAAGUGCAAAAACACCUCCUCCUGGAGGGGGAAGCUUCCUCCUUUCCUCCUGCCAGUGAUUAUGAUGUUAAAAAGCAGAAUUUGGACACAGGUGGCACAGUCGGCGGGACCAUAGCAGUGCGGCAGAAAGAACUGGACCAGAGAGAAAGAGAGCACACUGAACUAAAGGACAGACUGAUGAAAGAGAGAGAGCAGUUUGAGGAAGAAUUGAAGAAGUUUGAGGAGAUGCUCAGGCAGCUGAGAGAGGAGGAGAAAAGAGUGGAGGUAGAGAGGGAGAGAUUAAGGGAAGAGGGGAAGAAAGUGGUAAGAGAGAGAAAGAGUCUGGAGACACAGCUAAGACUCAUACAGCACAAUUCAAACAAUAGUCAGAAGAGUCUGUCUUUUACCAUAUCACUGUAA